CUGGCUUACAGAAUCUCAGCCGAGCAUGUGUCAUUUCGAUGGAUGAGCCCGACUCAUCCAGUCUGAGAGAAGCAAUCCAGUGGAGGGGACAACCGAGGGAGAACCCAGGCGGAUCCUUUGAUGUCCUGGUGGCCUACGACUCGGACAUACAGCUGCCGGAGUCGGUGAGCGACCGGACCAACAGGAGCGAGGAGACUUUGAGAGAGCUUGCUGGACUCUCUGAAAUCAGUUUGCCUGCAGACACCUCAAGACAGGAUUACCAAGAGGUAUCCGUCGUAGAGAGUGGCGAAGUUGGUAACAUUCGGGAAGUGCCAGUGAGAGACGUCGACAGUGAUAUUGGCGUCGGAGGAAACGCUCCUCUAAGUAGAGUACAAGUUCCUCUUGAAACUCAGCACCAGUUUGACCUGUUCUCAUCAGCUUCUGUUCCAUCGUCGCCUGAUACGUUGACUUCCCCUGUGCGACCGACAGCUCCACUGCGCCUGAACUCGUCCGACCCUCUCGUCCAGGGGGACAGAAACUCCGCCCGGUAUCUGCGGAUACUCGUGCCGCAGCAGGACACUGGUUCCCAACCGCUCUUUUCCUCAGGUUUUGAUCACACCAACCCCGUCUACAGCAGGAACACAUCCCACAACUUUAGCGAGGGUGAAUAUUUUGAUAGUCUGCCCAGCACCGCGGAGAAUCUACUCCUUGAAAGCCCCUCGGAUUCCCCGGCCCACUUCAGCCAACUCCGCCUGACCCUGAACAGUGUCGAAUCCGACGGAGAGACCUUCCUCUCUCUGGAUGACAGUACCAGUGAGCCACAGCCACAACCUUGCCUAAACAGCGGCUUACACGUACACAAACCACCAUCCAGACAGCACAGCCGUCAGCCAAAAGUCCCCAAUUGGCAGAGCAAAGCACCCGAGAAGGCACAACAUUUGGAAAGUGGUUUAGAGAAGGAACUGCGAAGAUUGGUGGUGGAGAUCUAUUCUGAGAAGGCCACAGAGUUUGUUCCUAUCGCUGGGUUGCUGUCAGGCAGCCGUCCUUCAAAAAGUAGCACAAGUCAAGAUAAGCCAUCUGACACCAUGGGAGACAGUCACCCAACUUUCGUUCACUACCAAGAUGGAGUGCCACCAUUAGAGGCCAUGGUUUCUGGAACACCAGCCGAUAUUCCUCAUAUGGAAAUGGAGGGUGAUAUACAUGUAAAUGAAAGUAAGUCAGGUGUCCCUGGAGGUGAGCACCAGCAGCCAAGUGGAGUCACGUUGACCUCCUUGUCCAGCCUCUCAUCCACGGCCGAUGCCUUGGCCUUACAACGCUCUGUUAUUGGUUCGAGCCCAACGAAGCCAGCAUCGAUGGAAGAAAUAGCAGCAGCAAUUGCCGUAGCUGAGAAGCAGUACCGUCAGAGACUGCAGCACUACAAGCAGCAGCAACAGCAGCCACCCAACCAGGGUCCUGAACAACUUCCCAAUGGCAGUCCGGCCUUUAACACGGACAACCUGGAUGAAAUGCCAACCCGCCUUCCAGCAACCCCACCAAGACAGGCAUCGGACACUGAGGACAGCCUGAACCAAACAGAUCCUAACAUUGGACCCACCACCGCCUCCUCGCCAGGAGCACCUACAAAAACAAAAUCCUUACCAGCUACUGCAAGGGUGCGUCCUGGCUCCCUUGUCGCACAGAACACAGGACUUGCCAUCAGCAGUGCUGUGGGGGCGAGAUUCGGGCUGCCGCCCUCCCUCAAUGAUCACAGCCCUGCCCCUGUUGAGACAGGCAACAAGGAGCGCGUACUGUUCCGCAGCCCUGUACAAGCCAUCACGACCUCCCGAGGUGGGAGAAUGGUAGCCGUUCACAAACCCAAUCACCAGAACGUGGACACCAAGGCAUCAAGGGGUACCCCCAAGAAGGUUGACAACCAAGUCUAUGCCUCCCCAGCUGAGAUAAAGACAUCCAUAGCUUCUAAGAGUGGUGAACCAUUACUAGACGCGAAGCCAAACAAGCUUGCGCAGAGCUUUGUGGCUGUAACGGCGGCCGAGGAUCACUUUCAGGUCCAGGAGGUAGGCAUAGAACCAAACUCAGAGGUCAUUGUUACGAGAGACCCUCAGAGCCUUGGAAAGAGACACCUCAGUGGUGACGACAAUCAAACCGCCGGAGCACACACACAGCUGGAAAAUGCUCAUCAAGCUCCUGAAAUUGGAUCAGUUCGAGUAAGCGAGGAAGACAAACCUAAACAGUCCUUUUUAGGAUCUUUCUUCCAUUGGGGUAAGAAGCAGGAAGCAGAACCCCAAUCCCAAUAUGACUCUAGCCUUUCGGGUGUCUCACCUUCCAGCCCUGAAUCCUCAGGCACUGCAGCGUUGCAGAACAAUGCUGCGGAUCGCGGUAAAUCUCCAUAUGCAGGCAUUGGGCAGCAGGCAGCUGCAGAAAGCCACGACUCUGGGAUAGACUUAGUGCCGGCUGGAAGCAAUGCUGGAGAGGUCUUUCAUGCCGAGUUCGAACCAGUUCAUGCCUCCACACCUGUCAAGUACAGACGUGGAAGUAAUGAAUCUGUUCCACGACAAGAGGUCACAACACCAGAUGCUCCUAAUAACCGCUUAAUGAACUCUCAGCCUAAAGAAGUGGAUUCUGAUGAUGAGACGGACUCUAGGAUUCGAGCAUCACUUCCAAGACCAUUGAGAGAGACUUCCAGCCAGCAUCACCCUAUUAUCCCUAGGGAUAGUUCCCAGAGACCCAGUAAGCCUUUAGUCACCAGAUCCAAUCAUGUGGGAAACAGCCUACCCGUGACCAAUGUCCGGCGGAGAGACUUACACAAAAUGCCCAUGACAUCACUUACGUCAGUUUAUGGGUCUUUGAAAACUACAAGUCCUCAGUAUGGUGUCACACCGGUUGAUCCAGCGGAUCUAGAUAGUGUGUUACGUGAGAAGGCUAACCUGGAGGGGCGGCUGGAGACACUGGCAGCAGAGACAGAAUCAGCUCUGCAGCAAAGAGCUGAGAUGCAGACCCAGGUUGCCUCGCUCCAGGCUCAGCUCAAGGCACAUGCCUCUGCUGCCGACACAGCCCAACAGCAGCUGUCUGCAAUGAGCAAUGACAUGGUUACUGCCCAACAAAAUCAGGCCCAGCUGGAGCAAGCCCUGGCAACACUGCAGACAAGCUUAGAGAACAAAGAGGAAGAUUUGGACUCCUUACAGAGGGAGCUGGAAGCCUCGGAAGCUACCAGUCAGAGGCUGAAUGGCAAGAUGGAAGAGGUCAAAGAAGCCAUGGAAACAAAGGAAGUCACCAUCGCUGCAUUGAAAGCCAAGAUUGCUGCCGUGCAAAAGGAGGCUGAAAAGGCCCAUCAAGAACGGACACAUCAUUUGGCUGAACUCAAGACACUGCAAGGAGACGUGGAAUCACUGACUAGUGCCAAGGAAUGGUUUCAAGAACAGUUGCAGACAGCUCAAGAAACGCGUAAUAAGCUCCAGAAGGAGCUCACUGAGACGCAGAUUCAGACCAAGAAGCAAGGGGCAGCCGUGGAGACCCUCAAAGCUGAGAAGGCACAGCUCCAGCACCAACUAUCUGAGACGCAGCAGCAGGCACUCAAGGAGAAAGAGCUGAUUGCCAAGCACCUGGAGACCAUUGAGGCAGACUUCCUGGCUCGCGAGGCUGCCUUCCAAGACCUCCAAAAGGAGAAAGUGGCUGUUCAGGAAGCCGUUGCCUCCAGAAUGGACCAAAUGAAUGAAGAGAGGACCAAACUUUCUAACUUGAUCGCAAACUGCGUUGAGCUGGAAAGACAGUUGGAUAGGACUCAAAAGGAGUUGGCAGAUAAACAAGCCGAUGUUCAUAAUCUUGAUGCUGAAAAGAAAGAAUUGGUCAAGAGACUUGCUCUGGUGCAGGAGUCACUCCUUUCUCGAGAUAAGGAGUUAGAGGCGCUUCAAGAAAAGUGUAUUGACGCUGAGGCAAAAGUGCAUGAACUCCAAAGCAAUGCAUUGGAACAACAGGAGUCUUUGCAGAACCACCGGGCUGAGAAGGCUGCCCUGGAAGCUGCCCUGGCAAAAGCCAACCAGGAGAAGAGGGCCUUCGACGAGGCCCUCCAAAACCUGAGGCAAGACAUGGGAAAGGUGGAGAACGGUUUCAAACAGAUGAAGCAGGAUUUGAGCCAGAAGGAUGCUCAGAUGGAGUCCUCACUGCGGGACAAGGAGGAGCUCCAAAUGUACCUGAGAGAUGCUGAGGAGCAGCUGAAGUACAAUCAGCAGAGCAUGGACAACUACCAGGAAGACAUGAGCAGCAAGGAGGACGUUCUUGCGGAGCUGAGCAGAGUCAAGAAAGCCUUGGAAGACGAAGUUGCAUUGCUGAGUCAGCACCUGGAAUCCUCCAAGAAGGCCAACCAGAAGUCCCAAGCUGUCAGGGCUGGCCUCCAGGAGGAGCUCUCUGAGAGCCGGGAUGAGCUGAAAGAGCUGGAGACCCAACUGGAGUCAGCGAUGACGGAGAAUGCCCACCUGGAGGGUCAGCUGGAGAUGAUGGCCGAUGAGCAGCAGCGCUUCUCCAACCUCCUCGACGAGAACGCCAAGCUAAAACAAAAGCUGGCCGAGACGCAGAGUUUGUCUCACAGGGAGCUGGCCGAUGAACGGGCGAAGGCAUUGCGUCUUGGAUCCGACCUGGCUGCCACCCAGAAGGAGUUGAAGGAGAAGCAGCGCGUCUAUGAGUCUGCUGCAAGUGCCUUGACCAAGAAGCUGAAGGAAGCCAUGGAUGCCAAAGAAGUUGCUGAGGCAGACCUCCAAUCACUACGUCGGGAUGAAGCAGCCAGCAACUUAGAGUUGCAAAAUAGACUUGCCAGUCAGCUGGAAGCUGCCAAAAAAGAUCUUUCAGCUGCGCUGCGAGAAAGAGAUGACCUGAUGAGGCAGCUUGAAGGGCUGAAACAACACAUGGAGGAGGAAACGGCAGCAUACAAAGAGAAGGUGGCAGAGCUGGAAAACCAACUUCAGGCUCUGAAGGCUUUGUGUGAGCAACAACAGAGAAACGACGAUGCCAAUCGCAGGAUGGCUCUUGACCUUGAAAGGGAAAGAGGAAGGCUGGCAGGUGUCCAGCAGAGUCACUCAGCCCUGAAGCAGCACGCCAACCUCCUGGAGGCAGCCCUGGGUCGCCGGGAGACAACGCUGGCUGAGAUGGCUGCCCAGAUGACCUCCAACAGCCAGGAGAAUGCGGCCGAGGUGGACCGACUCAAGGCCAAGCUGCGGGAGGAAAGCCAGGCACUCAAGAGAGAGAAGGGAGCCGGUAAAGAUCUUCAAAAGCAGGUUGCAUCAGGGAGGGCAGAGAUUGGUAGACUACAGCGCGACAUCCAGGACCAAGGGGCAGUACUGGAAGAAACAAGAACACUACAAGACAAACAGGCUGAGGAGCUACAGGCAGUCCAGCAAGAACUGAAUCGGAGCAUCCAGUCGGAGGAGGAACUAAAGGCUGAGACGGAUGAGGUCAGAGGUCAGCUGGAGGAGGCCAAAGGUCAACUAGGGCAAUUGAAGCGACAACUCCUAGAGAAACACUCUAGGGAUCCUGUAGUAGCCGAGCAAAUCAAGGCCUUGGAAUGGGAGAGUGAGCAGCGAGGGCGUGAAGCGCAAGCCUUGAAGGAGCAGCUGGAGCUGGCCGAGCACCGACAGAAGAUAGAGAUGGACAACGCCCAGGCUACCAUGCAGAUGGGACGAAAGGAGCUGGAGGCGUUGAAGGCGGAGCUUGCCGCCACACGGAAGGAGAAGUUUGCUUACCAAGGAAAGCUGAGUCAGUUCAAGUCAGCUCUCAAGGCCACGCUGCAACAAAACAAGCUUCUGAAGGCCAAGUUGAGAUCCCGACAGAAGGACAAGAGUGCCACGCCCAACCCCAAGACGGCCUCCGGGCUGGCUGCCAGCGGCGACGUUACCAUGGUACCGGAUGACAUCAUGGUGCCGGAGAUCAGCGUGGACGUCGAGGCGUUGCUGAGUAGUGACGACAAGGACGGGAUCACCGCGGCCAGCAACAAACCCCUCUCUGCGUUACGAGGCUGCCUCCAGUCGGUGAAAGAUCAGAUGGGCGGUCUACAACAACAGAUGGAUGAACACACCUCCGCAGUCAACAACUCCUCCAAAGCAUGGAAGGAUGUGGAGUCCAAAGUUCGCGACCUGCGCAAGUCCUGCAUGACCCCAAUAGACGAGUCGUCGACCCCGCCCGCCGGCACCUCAAGACGUUCCUCACCAGCCACGCCCUCGACCACACCCUCGACCACACCUGCGACCACACCCAGAAUGACACAAGCCACGCCCACAAACAACUCAUCUCGGACAACUCCGGCCUCAAUGACCUUCUCCAGCUUGCCCAAUGUCUAUGACAUUUAACCUUUGAACUCUGACAUUAUGUGAAUCGACUACCGCCAGUAAGUUUUAUUUUUAUAUUUUUUAAU